AUGUUCCUUUCUGCUGCGGCCGCUUCAUCAUCAGGCAGACUGGAAGGAGCAGCAGCAGGACAGGAGCAAACCUUGUUUCCUCAGCCUCAUGCUUCGUCCUGCGGAUUUCUGCUCCUUCUGUCCGCUGCCGAAACUAUUGUGACCAUAAUUCUCAAGUUUUAUUUAUCAUUUUAUUUGCAAAAUCAGCAGGAAAGUGGGGAAGAAGUGGCCCGAGCCAUGGAGCUUUAUUGCCUGGAGUCGGACAUAACCGUGAAAGCCCAGCGUGACCCAAACAUCCUCUAUGAUAACAGAGUGCUGCAAAGUUUAUUGACAAUCGAGGACAGUUUUUUACCACAAUGUUCAUAUUUUCAGCGGGUUCAGAAGGAUAUUCAGCCGUAUAUGAGACGAAUGGUUGCAGGUUGGAUGCAUGAGGUUUGUGAAGAGGAAAGCAGUAACGAAGACGUUUUCCCUUUAGCCAUUAAUUAUUUGGACAGAGUUUUAGCAGUGAUGCCCACAAGAAAGAGUUAUUUGCAGCUGCUGGGAGCUGUGUGCAUGUUCCUGGCCUCCAAGUUAAAAGACUGCAGGCCCAUAUCAGCAGAGAAACUCUGCAUGUACACAGACAACUCUAUCUCACCACGAGAUCUGCUGGAGUGGGAGCUAGUGGUGCUUGGGAAGUUGAAGUGGAACAUCGCCUCGGUUAUCCCCAAUGAUUUUAUAGAGCACAUCAUGCGCAGGCUGCCCCUUCCCAAAGACAAGAUGGCGAUGGUCCGCAAGCACACGCUGACAUUCAUUGCCCUUUGUGCCACAGAUGACCGUCUUGCCAUGAACCCUCCUUCUAUGAUCGCCACGGGCAGCAUGGGAGCAGCUGUCUGUGGCCUGCAGCUGGACCACAACGACCAAAGGCUCAGUCGGGACAACUUGACAGACCUGCUGGCCAAGAUCACCAACACUGAAGUGGACUGCUUGAGGGCGUGCCAGGAGCAAAUAGAGCGCGUGUUGGCCUCUAGCCUGCAGCAGGGCCAGCAGUACCGGCAGGAGAGCAGCAUCAGAGCCGGCAACAAGGCAAGGGAGCAACAAGACCAGUCAAGCACCCCGACAGAUGUUCGUGAUGUCAACUUAUGAGCUCCCAUCAUCAUCAGUUACACAGCACUCUUGCCUGCCGACCAAUGAACUGACAGGAGUGAGGGGGGCGCAAGCUGCCAGUAUCCACGUUAAGUUGUCCCACGAGUGAUGGUGUGACAAUCUAUGAACUUUUAGAUAUUAAGAAAUUUAUAGUUUUUCACAUUUU